AUGGCAGCCACUAGUUUGGAAGAUGCUUUGAGCCGCCUGGAUGCGAGCAUCGAGGUUGACGUUUCCUACCAAGAAGUCGAUGAUGAUGGUGUGGCAAAGCUGACCCAGGCCCUGAAGACCAACCACACCAUUGUCGACAUUUACCUCGAUGACAAUAAAAUCACGGACAAGGGUGUGCAGCUCUUCGCGGAGCUGAUGGAGUACUCAAGAACGUUGAGGCAAAUCUCUUUCUAUCACAACUUGGUGACGGAUGCUGGCGUCAAGAGCCUCUCCAAGGCGCUUGUGGCAAGCUCGCUGAACCUGCUGGACCUGCGGGAGAAUCGGGUGUCAGAUGCAGGUGCUACAGCCCUGGCAGAGGCAUUGGAAGAUGGGAGCCAGCUUCGGUUUCUGCUGCUCAAGGACAAUGAGAUCACUGAUGAUGGCGCUCAAAGAUUAGCUGCCGCAGUGAAGAAGUGUGGCGAGGAUGGGCCCCUUCAGCAGCUGGACUUGGAGAGCAAUCGCAUCACCGCCAAGGGCAGCGUCUACCUGAAAGAGGUAAAGGAGUCCCUGAAGAAGGAGAUCCAGUUUGGCUACCAGAAGAGCAAAGCCAGAGAACAACAUCGCGGAGUUAUUGACAGUCACAGCAAGGAUGGCGUGUUCGCGGCCAGGUAG